AAGCAACCUGAAAGCCAUCAUCUCCUCGAUCAUCAUCAAAUCCUACAACUGCCUUACAACCGCAGCCAACUUUCAGACUGAGUCAUCAUGCAGCUGUCCAUCUCUUCAAUCCUCGCCGCGGCUACCAUGCUGGUGCUCGUGACCCGCCCGGCAGCGGCCUGCGAACCUGGAAGAUACACUUGCAGCAACCAGUUCGAAGGAAAUGCAUACGAUUCCGUCAUAUUGGUCUGUGACACCCGCGGCCUUUGGCAGGUGUCUGCUGUCUGCGCCCGGACCUAUAAUCAUCCGGGUUGCAAGGUGGUGGACAACGGCAGACAAGCAUACUGCGUCUCCUAGAGGCCCCUUAUCAGGUACUAUUGAACCCAUGGAGAGGCCCGAGAACUUUCCUCUUCAGGUGGCUCAUCGGGGUAUGAAAUGCGCUUUCUGGUUUCCUCAAGUUGAGUUUCAGCUGGGAGUUACUGGCCCGGAAGGAACUGUACGGAAGUGGCUUAUGUACAUCUUGGAGGGUAGCAAUGACAUGACUCCACGUACGGGUGAGAAAAAGGGGUUCUUCGACGGCAAGAGUUGGCUGUUUCAUCCC